AUGGCACCUUCAAACCUAGGUGACGAGUCCGAUGGCAAGAAACUUGCAUUGGUGAAGAAGAGUCGACUUCAAGAUGACGACUUCAAAAACGUCAAUUCACCCCCAAACCCCCGCCCUAGGCCACUCACUCUACCUUUCCCCGACAACAAAGACCUCAAACCUCAAGCCUCACCAACUAGUCUUGGAUGGCGGUUAUCCCCUUUAAGACGGUGCAAGCAACAAUCUACCUUCGACCAAGCCCAAUCUCCUCUAUUCAAAUGUCUACCCGCCGAAGUCCGGCUUCUUAUCUGGGAACACUAUCUCUGUAGCCGCAUGCUACACAUUGUUCGACCAAGCCAGCGCAAAUGGAAAAAAUCCCAUAAACGAAUUGUCGGGAUACUAUGCAGUGAGCCUCGCAAUUUCUGCCCAUGCAGUCAUCAUUGCUGGGGACCCCUUGCCCGUCGCCCUGUGGGGAACUGCAUCACACCCAUGGACUAUGGGUCAUAUUACCAUGAGAAUUCCGAGUGGAGAUUUGACACGAGAAGAGUUGAUUUCGUGCCACUUUUGCAAACUUGUCGAAGGGUAUACUCCGAGACUAUCGAUAUCAUCUUCCAAAAGAGCACCUUUCUCUUUAACCGCACAGAUACAAUUGUCGAUUUUGCGCAUACACUUCUACCACAGCGAGCGAGCAUGAUCCGCACUUUACAGCUCAGCUUUCUAGAUCCUGGUGGCCUUAGUUGGAAUAAAUGCUGUCAGGUUCUGGCCACGAAGUUGCCUGGUCUGAAGAACUUGACCAUCCAUCUGUAUCCUCAUGUCACGAAGCGGUUGGAUGACUGGCUCAUACCGCUGCAUCAGAUCCAACAGCCGACUAUUUUUGACGUCUUGCUCAUCAAGCCAUGGUAUCUGGAUCCACAGUGGGAAAAGUCAACUGGACUUGUCGAUGCGCCUUUUCAAUUUGCGAUUGCUGAUGUCGAGAGACGCGGCUUUUUGAAAACUAUUGAGUAG